GUCCAAUCAGGUGGGCCCAUGAGGAGCGACUUCCGGUGUGGUGGCGCCCAAGCAGGUGUCCCCAGUGGGGACGCUGAGAGCUCCCGGCGGGGUAGACCACCUUCUGUGACUGCUGCCAGCUGCAGGCUGCAAGGGAAGGACUCCGGGACCGGGAGCCACGUGAUGGAGGCAGUGACCUUUGAGGAUGUGGCUAUGAACUUCAGCAGGGAGGAAUGGGCUUUGCUGGAUCCAUCCCAAAAGAAGCUCUACAGAGAUGUGAUGUGGGAAACCCUUAGGAACCUGGCUGCCAUAGGAAAAAACUCAGAUGAGAAGCAAAUUGAAGAUGAGUUCAAAACUUGCAGGAAAAGUCUAAGAAGUGAAGAGGGAGAGAAAUCCUGUCCAUAUAAAUUAUGGUACGAACAUGGAGAAAUGGUUGUUCAGACUCCAGAUACUAAUGCAUACAUGAAACUUGUUUGUAUAAAACCAGGUGAAAGUUUUUCCUCUAGAAGGCCCCUGAUUGGUCAUUUAUCAGCAGAUGGGCCAAUCAUGGCUAACACUCAACUCAAAUCAUAUGAGCAGCAUGGAUUUCAAGAGAAGCUGUCUAACUGUAACAAGCAUGAGACAACUUGCACAAAACUCCAGUCCUUUCAGAAAUGUGCAAAGACAAUUUCAGGGGAGAAACCCCAUGAAUAUAUGUCAUGUGGAAAAUCCUACUGUGAUUGUACUAAAGAAAGUACCAUUGAAGAGGACCCAUUUGCAUAUAAGCAAGAUGUGAAAUCAUUCCGUAUACCCAAUGAUGGUCAAAUCAGGGGAAAAAGCCACAGUGAAGUAAAUACAUAUAUAUGUAUACCAUGUGGAAAAGGUUCUAAUUCUCACCAUGGUAUUCAGACAGAUGAAAAAGCUCACAUUGGAAAAAAAACCUAUGUAGGUAAACACUAUGGAAAAUCCUUCACUAACAACAAUUCUUUUGGUAAUCAUGAGAGAACUCACAUUGGGGAGAAACACUAUGUAUGUAAGCAAUGUGGGAAAGCUUUCAGCACAAAAUAUAAUUGUCAAAUACAUGAAAGAAGGCACACUGGGGAAAAACUCUAUGUAUAUCCACAGGUGAAUUGA